AUGGUGAAGCGGCCAGCGGAGGAUGUGGAGGUCGUGUCUGUCGGAAGUCCUGGAUAUCCAAGCGAUCCUGGCACACCAAAGAAGAAGUCCAAGAAGGCUCAGCCAAUUGUAUACUCGCAGCCUGCGGAUACGGGGAGCGGGAAUCAUUUGUUGACGCAGGUCAAGUAUGCGGAGGAUAAGUUGAAGGAAAAAGGCGCUCCGAUGAAAUCCCUUGAUUUAUUCUCCUACCUCAACAUCCCCCUCAACUCAAGCACCCACAGAACCUUAACCCGCCUCUUCUCCCUGUCCUCUGCCUCCUCCUCAACCUCCGUCAAAAUCCGCUAUGAUCCAGCCUCAGAUACAUACUCCUACGCCCCUGAACACCCUGUGUACGAUGUUCCCUCCCUUGUCCAAUUCCUCCGCCAGAGGGCAGAGACGACGAUGAAAGGCAUGUCCAUAAAAGAUCUGAAGGAAUCCUGGUCAGAUGUCGUUGCAGGCUGCGAACAAGCCGAACAUGAAGGCAAAAUUCUCGUCCUCCGUGCCCAAAACGCCGAGAAGACCCUACGCAUGACCUGGGCCAACACCGGUGGGGAACUGGGUGGAAUUGACGACGAAUUCAAGAACAUGUGGAAUUCCCUCAGACUACCGCCUGAAGCUGAUGUACCUGCCGAGUUGGAGAAGUUUGGAUUGAAGCCUACAAGUGUGGAUCCUAGUACGGUGAAGGUGAAGGCGGUUGUGGAUGACAAGGUGAAGAGGCCGAAGAGGAGGAGGGGAAAGGAGACUAAUACACAUAUGGCGGGUAUUCUGAAGGAUUAUCAGGGAUUCAAGGGGCAGAGCACAUGA